AUGGGCAAAGCAAAAUCAAAAACCAUUGAGACUGCCCAGCAGCAGUCUAAAGCGCUUCCGCCUAUACCCUUCCCACGUACUUUCUUUAGACAACAGGAACCUAACGCAGUGGUGGAUAUUAGUAUCCGUCUUUUUGCAGAUGAACUAUUCAACGUUUUAGAUCGCUACAGACGGAGAAAGUGUCACCCAAACAUCACUCAUGAACAGCGCUUAGGCAUUAGGGAAGUUCGAGAGCUUGUUAAUUCUAAAACUAUCAGAUUAUCCACCAGUGACAAGGGUGGGGAAUUUGUAGUCAUUCCUCGUCAUCUAGACGAAGCCCUCACAUUAUGUCACCUCCGAGACAGCUCCCUCUAUCGCUCUUCCACUGUCGAAGAAUUUCUAGCGCAACACCGUAGACUCAAUAGGGUAUGGAUGAGUACCAGCAAAUCAACGCAAUUACCACCCUCGACUGCGACCCGGCUUAAAACAGAGUUACCUGCGUGUUCUGUCUUGUACCUCCUAAUAAAAACUCACAAGCUGAACUCUGAUAGUGAACUUGCCUCUGAAGAUCCUUCAACGUUCAAGGUAAGACCUAUCAUAAGCUGCGUAGGAGGUCCCACAGAUAGGAUCGCUUGGUUCUUAAACGUAGUGUUGGUGCAGCUGUUAAAAUUCGUACCAGCCCACCUUACGAACACCCAUAUGUUUUUGGACCACCUAAAGAACACGCAUUUUGAUAACUCAUGCGUAAUGGAGUCUUUCGAUGUUACUGCAUUGUACACGAACGUCUCCAACGACUCGGCUAUGCAGGCAGUUUUUGAGCUUUUAACUGAACACCAGAGCCCUAUAAACAUGUAUGGCUUUUCCGUGGAGCAGUUGAUGGUUGUUCUCAGGGAAUGUCUCAAAUGCACUGUCUUUAGAUGGUCGGGCAACUAUUUUGCGCAAAUCAGGGGUCUUGCCAUGGGACAACGGUUGGCGCCAACGCUCGCCAUUGCUUUCAUGGCUAAGAUUGAGGCACCGAUUUGGGAAACACGACCUUUGCUAUAUUGCCGAUAUAUCGACGACUGUUUCCUUGUCUGUUCGUCUCAAGCAGAGAUGGACAACUGUUUCAAGAUUUUAAAUGAGCAGUCGGAGUAUAUAAAGUUCACUCGGGAUAAGCCCAAAGGAGAAUGGUUACCCUUCCUUAACGUCCAAGUGCAUAUUUCAAACAGAACGCACAGGACAAAGUGGUACCGCAAACCCAGUAAUAAAAAUAUCUUAGUUCACUUUCUUUCUGCCCAUCCCACACAAGUUAAAAGGUCGGUAGUACGAAACAUGUUUCGCACGGCCACCUCCGUUUGCACUGGAAGAGAAGAAAGACGAGAAUCUAUCGAGCUUGCUAGGAAAAUUGCGGUCAGUAACGGCUACACACCUAUGCGGUCUAUCACAAAAAGAGCACAAACCCGAAAUAAAUCUGGUAUGGAGAAAGUACCUUUUUGUGUACCAUUUAUUUCCGAUGAGGUUAGCGCUGCUAUUCGGCGGUGUCUGAGGAAAGCUAAACUUGAAGAAUCUGUCACCAUCGUGGAGCUCCCCCUAGUAACCUUAAGCAAAUACUCAUUCGUAAUCGCCUAUAUGAUCGUAUUUGCACGACACCGGAGUGUAAAAUAUGCCCGGAUAACAACGAGGGUGAUUGCAUGA